AUGUAUGCCUUCGAAGCUGGCAGGACCGCUGGUGCCUUUGGAAAAGCGGAAGAAACUGCUGCGUCCGGCGCCAAAGCAGCCAGCGCUGCAAAAGAUCUUCAGGAGUUGAACAAAGCCGGUUCUAGCAGUUUCAAGGCCGGAGCCGGAGCUGGUGCUGGUGCUGGUGGCGAUACCCGCUCAUUUUCGUUCCCAGGAGAGUCGAAUUCAAAGUUGACCCUACCGCCGACUAAGGAUCACCCACUCCCGUCCACAGAUGCCUCUUUCAACCCCAGUACUGCCAAAACCGACUCUUCCUCAGAGGCCUUCGAUCCUUCAAAACAGAAGUCUCUGGAAAAUCCUAAACAAGAAUCUGCUGAGCCUCCCAAGAAAACACCUCCAAAAACGCCAGAAAUAACUCCUGCCCCCCACGAUCAACCCAAACCUACCACUGAGCCUCCUAAGAAAACACCACAAGAAACGCCAGAAAUAACUCCUGCCCCCCACGAUCAAUCCAAGGAAAUUUCUCCAUCUUUUGGACCCCCCAAGAAAACACCUUCGGAUACUACACCCUUCCAGCCACCUUCCACUCCCCCCGGCAGCACUGUGCCCAAGUUUGUACCUAAAGCCAACCCCCCCAAGCAAAAUCUAUUCUCCCCAAGGAUCAAAUUGAAGGGACCCACUCUAAAACAGAAGAUAGAGUGGUUUCAAGCCUGGAAUAGAGCUCGAAAAGCAGUGAAUACCUUGGCGAACAAUGUGCAAGGGUCCCUCAAGAAUUUGUUCAAAGUUUGGCGGCAGCGUUGGGGAAGACAAUUUGACCUGAUGCUUGCAAGAUUGAAAACAAAGUAUGGGGACGCUGUGACACGGUUCAAAACGCCCCGAGCUCCUGCGCGUUCGACAUCAGAACUGAGUUCGUCCCCAAGUGACCUGUCAGAGCUGUCGGAGCUACGUUCGCCUACCCAUGAGGCGCCAGAGCUCCCUAUAGGCCCAGAUGCUCAAGUGCGACCGCGUCCUGUGUUUCAUCCAAAGGACGAACGAUUUCCACUCUAUACUACAGCUGGGCGUCGUCCCCCUACCAAUGAGGAGCUAGCAGCGUUCAAUACAGAAAAAGACAAAAUCAUCAAAGCCUUUAAGGAUGGUGACUACGGUUAUCAAUUGGGGAAUGGCGAUUUGUAUACUGUUGAGAAUCUUGCCAAACUGCUUGACGAGAGAAUGCCACCGAAGAUGGUUAUGACCUCCGCCUCCAAAGAGCCAGUUGUCGCGAAACAACCAUACAAGAAGUAUCUUAAAAUGUUAUCGGAGUAUUCGGACCACAAGGACAAGAUAGCCCGAAUUGAUUCAGCUUUGGAAGCGGUUCAAGGAAUUUCUCGAGGUGUACCCAGGCCAAUUCCAGCCCCGACGGUUUCGGAGACGAAGCUCGGCGUAAUCAGUUUGAUCGGACAGUUGGAUGAAGCCAAGCUUGCAAAGUUUGAGCCAGAAUCCGAAGCGGCGGUAAAAAGUCUUGGACGCACCAAUUGGAAGAUGCCAAAACCACUCGAGUCUUACUUCCCAGACUUGUUGAAAGAGAAGUAUCAAGCCAUCGAUAUCACCAAGUUUUCCGAUGCCCGAGAAAUCCAGCUGGCCCCCAAAAACCCCGGAGAACUUGCCAAUCCGACAUUCUCGACAGCCGAGGAAGUGAUCCAUGCAUUACCUGCAGACUUCGACGCCACCACAGAGCUCUACCGCUACACACUGAUUAAAGGAUUCGAAAAAGUCUUGGAUGAUGUACGACCAAGCGUCAAGUUGAUCCUGGACCGUACAACCACGAAACCAAUGCAGGCUGUUUUCAAAAAACCCUCACUCCUCAAGCCACAGAUAGAAGCCUACAUAAACAAGCUGGGAGAAACCGACUUUCAAAGAUUACAUGGCAUUCGUCCGUCACAAAUGUUUGAAAAACUGAGCCAACCCGCAACACCUGCAGAUAAAAUAAAGUAUGCACUCACAAGCAGGAAGCAAUUCCUGGCAGAGGAUGAUUUUGGAGCCCUCGAACUAGUCGGUUACCACCCUCAACUCUUCCGGGAUAAACUUGAUAAAAUGAUAAUUCAGACGAAGUCAAUCAAUGACCCGAAGACGGCCGAGUAUCUAAAAACACUGCAGUCACUGCGCGACGAAGCUUUCACCAAUGAUCCAGCAAAUCACGCAUACGUCGAGAAGUUAUUCGAAGACAAAUUCAUUGAUGCGACCACUCGAGCCAAACUGAAUCAACCAGGGAUAUCCCAACAGCAAUUCUUGGAAGCUCUGGGGACACAAGAAGGCUUCAGUGAACGUUUGAUGACCCCAUUCAAACAGGACUUGCUCGCCACCACUACCACACCGCACCCCUUUCCCGUGAAGGUAGACGGGGUAGAAGCUCACGACGAAGCCAAAUACAUUAUGACCCAAACGUAUCUCGAGGAUCUCGAUAAGAGGGCUAAGUCCUUCUAUCUCACAAAGGAUGCAUUCGAAGCACCCAAUUCGAUGAAAUUCGAUCAAGCCAUCGAGGUCUAUGACCCCAAGGCCGUACGGAAAUACGUUAAAAAACCUGAUCCCGACUUACUCGCGAAAGCUUAUGUCGAGUUUCAUCUUCCUCGCAAACCAGCCUUCAAACCGGACGUCCCAAAACCGAAACCAGCACCAGCACCAGCACCAGCACCAGUUGACAAAGUUGCCUACAAAUCGCGGCUUGAUAAAUUCUUCAGUGAAAUCAAUAGACCCGCAUCUCCAGCCAAUGAUAUCCGCAUCCCAGGACUUGGCGUCGGCAAUGAGAAAUUUCGAAACCUUGACACCGUCGAUAGGCGAUUGGCUGAAUUCAUCCGGGAACCUUUAACGAGAUACGAUUACCGCCUGAUCGGGACCCCAUGGGAAAAAAUGCCAUUUGCAGAUCGAGUCAAGCUCAACGACGCAGCAAAAUUCAUUUUCAGAGAUCUUGACAAGCUGAUUGAGGAAGCAGCAAGCACUCCAGAACGUUUAGCACGCCUCACUCGUCUUGAAAACCAACUCAAUGACAGCAUUCCUGGAAUGCUCGAAAUAAUGCAGCGAAUCAGACAACACGCAAACCGCGGUAAUGGGUGGUUUGACGCAACCAAGACAGAAGCCCCGAUAGACACAAUCAAUCAGGCGUACCGGGCUCGAAUGGCAAAGCUGAAAGCGCUCGAGGAGCAGAAGACUCAGAACCUAGUGGCUGGUGGUAGUGCUCCAACCGAACAAGCUAAUGUCUUACCAUCUGUUCAGAACAACCCUGCCAAAUAA